UGUAUGCACCUAAAAGUUGGAUGGGAUCCGCCAACGAAAUCCCAAAGAAUAAGUAAUAGUUUUUCAAGUCUCUAUAAGGUGUGUAGAGUGAGCACAGAUUGACAUUGAAACUAGUCCCAAAGUAAAACAAGGAUGUCUGGAGAUCUGUCCCUGGACAUUAACAUCAAGGAGCCACGAUGGGACCAGAGCACAUUCAUGGGCCGCGCCCAGCACUUCUUCUUCGUCACUGACCCCAGGAACAUUCUGAAGUCCUCUGAAACCCUGGAGGAUGCACGGGUUACUGUGGAGAAAUACAGUUCAGGAGUGGUGAAGCCAGGUCUGACAGAAGAUGAGCUGUGGAGAGCCAAGUACAUCUAUGACUCUGCCUUCCACCCUGACACCGGUGAAAAGAUGGUGGUGGUGGGACGCAUGUCCGCCCAGGUCCCCAUGAACAUGACCAUCACCGGCUGCAUGCUCACAUUCUACAGGACGACUCCAGCCGUUGUGUUCUGGCAGUGGGUGAACCAGUCUUUUAACGCUGUGGUCAACUACAGCAACCGCAGUGGAGACACUGCCCUCACCACCAAUCAGCUGGCUGCAGCGUAUAUCAGUGCAACCACAGGAGCUGUAGUCACAGCCCUGGGACUCAAGUCUCUAGCCAAGCGCCUUCCAGCCGUCAUGAGCCGGUUCGUCCCUUUCUUUGCUGUAGCGGCUGCCAACUGUAUCAACAUCCCCUUCAUGAGGCAGAGGGAGCUGAAGUACGGCAUUCCAGUGACAGACGAGGAAGGGAACCGGUUAGGAGAGUCUGUCACCGCUGCCAAGUCAGGCAUCAUCCAGGUGGUGGUGUCCAGGAUUGGCAUGGCUGUGCCAGCUAUGGCUAUCCCACCUGUGAUAAUGAACGCCCUGGAGAAGAAAGCCUUUAUGAAGCGGUUCCCAGUCCUAAACGCCCCAGUACAGGUGGGACUGGUGGGUCUGUGUCUGGUGUUUGCAACUCCUCUGUGCUGUGCCCUCUUCCCACAGAAGAGUUCUAUGGCAGUGAGCAGCCUGGAGACAGAUCUUCAGGAGAGGAUACUACAUAGCAGUCCCCACACUACUACUGUCUUCUUCAACAAAGGCCUUUAGGACCACACAAUAACACCCACCACGCAUAAUCCCCAUCUGCUGGUUGGACCCUGCUACUACAGCUCAGUGGGAACAACUGUAAGGCCAAAGAGAAUAUUAUAUUUAUGCAUAUUUUUUAUUUACCUGUUUGUUUAUGAUGUUCUAGUAUUUUGAUGUUUUAUUUGGGAGAGGUGAUAGUGAGGGGUGCGUCUGUCCUACAAAGUUGCUUCCUUGUCUGAAAUGAUUGGUGAAAGCCUACCAGUCAAAUGUUUCUGAUUGUACACUGAAAUAUAAAAGCAACAUGCAAAAUUUCAACAAUUUUACUGAGUUAGUUCAUAUAAGGAAAUCAGUCAAUUUAAAUAAAUAAAUUAGGCCCUAAUCUAUGGAUUUCACAUGACUGGGAGCAAGGCCCAGCCAAUUAGAAUUUGUUUUCCCCCACAUCCUCAGAUGUCCGGGUAGCUGGUCUCAGAGGAUCCCACAGGUGAAGAUGCCUGAUGUGGAGCUCCUGUGCUGGCGUGGUUACACGUGGUCUGCGGUUGUGAGGCUGGUUGGACGUACUGUCAAAUUCGCUGUAACUAUGUUGGUGGUGGCUUAUGGUAGAGAAAUUACCUUUUCAAUUCUCUGUCAACAGCUCUGGUGGACAUUCCUGCAGAUCUUUUAUUUCAGCUCAUGGGACCAACACUUUACAUGUUGUGUUUUAUAUUUUUGUUCAGUAUAGAUGCAGGAAAGGAGACAAGGGGAGAAAGCCUCUUCGAAGUAAUGAAACGCAUGCGAGCGUAGUGUGACAUAUAGUGUGACACGUCUUAUACUGCGUAGUGUGACACAUCUUAUACUGCUACAUUGACAAACAGACUAUGGUUUGAUUUUAUUUCUAUUUUGUGCGUUUAUCCUCCCUGGGGUUGUGGGUGUUUAAUUACUGAAUGUUACUGAAUGACAAAUUCUAUCAAAUCACCCCUCGUUUUCAAUCCCAGAGAGAUUUUUUUCUCCCCAAGGUGUAUUUGUUUUUUCCAUUGUGUUUGAGCUCGUACCCUUUUAAGCUGUGUACACUGAAACCAUUCAUGACUUGGAAUUAGAAAAUAGUUCAAUUGAAUCUGCUAGAUAUCCACUCCCUCAAAUUGGCUCAACUGUAGUCUGUAGUAAAAUACAACAGUUGGUUUAUGAGCAGUUGGUCUAUUAAAUUCCUUUUUGCGUCUGCCAA